GUGAAUGUUGGGUCUUCCUCGAUACGGGGUGUCGGGCCGAGAGGGGUGUCCGGAAACCCGAAAACGAGCGGCGCAGGUGACUGAUAACGCAACGCCUUGGCGUGGGAAUGACCGCGACAACGCUAUGUGCUAUCGCCCUGCCGACACAGUCGUACCUGCCGUUCAACGAACUCUUCUGCACACAGCCGACCUUGAAGGGAUGCGGAAACGGAUAGUGACCGAGUGUGUGUACGUGCCACGGUCGGUUCAUGCCUGCCCAUUAGUCAUGAUUAGUUUUGUUUCCUGUGCGUCUCCUCCUCUAGCCUAGCCGCAAAAGCGCCGGCACGAAAUACGGAUGCGAUCUCGCCUAUUUGACCUGCGGCCGUCUAUGUCAGUUGUACCUUAGCAACCUGCGCUCGCUAUUUCUUGCCACUGCACAAUGUGCGACGCCGACGUUCCCGAGUGUGUUGAAAUCAGUGAAUUGUCCACGCCGGAAAUUAAGGUGCUUCGCUGCAACUUGAAUAAUGCAACAGAAGCGGAACAGUGGAUACGCAAUUACAGCGCCGAAACCAACACAUCGUGGAUUGUGGACUACGUGGCCACAAAAUGCACAAGAAUGGUCUUCCGCAAGAUGUGGCGGUGUCAACACCACCACCGAAACAAAACGACCGUACAGCACACCACUGACUGCCCAGCAAAAAUAGACAUAAAAAUUAAAAAAGUGAACCCCGACACCCAAAAAAAUGAUGAGUAUUUGCGCAGAAGCACUCCCCUCCCAGCUGUGAUCAAAUUGGCCACAACACAUAAUCACAGCACAGAGUGUGCUGAUUCGCUAAAGCUACUGCGUGCCAGCCCAGAAACAAAGGCCACAUUCGAAGCGUAUUUCGAGGCUGGUUUCACGCCUGCAACUGCCAUUCGGCACCACGAGGAGGCACUGGCACUGAAAGACAACAGCCACAUUUUGCUUGCCAACAGCAUGGUGAAUCCAACACAAAGGACUGUUUAUCACUGGCACAAAGAAUGGAGGGUAGCAAAGUAUGGUCAUCUAGCGAAUCCUCUACCGAAACUCCAAGAAAAGUUGGCAGACUAUGCAGCACAAGAUUCUGAUUAAGAAUGCACAUGGACUUCGGAGGUCUUCUUCAGAACAAUGGGGUAAAGCCAGCAAUUUUAAUGCAGCCAGUCUGCCUGUACGACCACUUGGUGCAAGCUUUCAUUUUUGUUUUACAGACGAACUCAUUUCAAU